GGGAGAAUCCACAUGAAUUGGAAUGCCAGAGAUAUAAACAAUAACGAAUGUUCUGAUAACAAAAUAAUCCUCUAGAAACGCAUUAUACUUUGGUUAUACACACAAGGUCUGUAUCUUUUGACUUUUAUUUCUCAGUCUUUAAAGAACCAUACAAGAGUCUAGCAAAAAGCUCUGGUGUUUGUUCUGGUUCAGUCAGUUUUCUUGUUUGCACUUUAUUUCCUACUAUUCUCAAAAUGGGGAAUGGGCAUUACUCAUGAAAUUUGUUUUUACAGGGUGAAUACCGUGUAAUGUGUUUUGUCAUUAGUGUGUAAGGAGUUUGCAAAAAAAGUGAGUUUUGGUUAUUGAGAAACAUUUGAAACAUUUGUGUAUAUAUCUUUAAUAGUCUCUUAGCCAUAAGCAGUUAUCUACAUACCACAGUCACAUAAUGUCCUAAGGGGGCAGAAGGAGCCAUUUGUUCUAAGACUGUGACGAGUGAGGCCAAAACCCUCCCUAAAGUGUAGCCAGUGUAUGACUAAUUACCCUUCCAUAUUUAACCUGGGUUAUCCUGGACUACCUGUGCGAGGACCCUGUGAAGCACUUCUCCAAACACAUAGGCUUGGGCGUAAAGAAACAAUGGGUAAAAUGGCAAUAGAAAUAGCAGCAUUUCUUGUAGCCACAGCAGGCUGGGUGCUGGUAUCUUCCACUUUACCAACAGACUACUGGAAAGUGUCUUCAAAUGAUGGCACGGUAAUUACUACAGCCACCUUCUGGUGCAACCUCUGGAAGGUUUGUGUGACCGAUUCUACUGGAGUUUCCAACUGCAAAGAUUUUCCUUCCAUGCUCGCCUUAGAAGGUUACAUCCAGGUGUGCAGAGGCCUGAUGAUCGCAGCCGUGUGUCUUGGUUUCUUUGCAACUGCCUGUGCUCUGGUGGGAAUGAAGUGCACCAAAAUCGGAGGAAGUGAUCAACUCAAAGCCCGGAUUGCAUGCUUUUCUGGACUUCAGUAUUUUAUCGGUGGUCUCUGCUCUUUGACUGCCUGCUCGCUGUAUGCCCACAGGAUCAUGUCUGAAUUUUUUGACCCCUUGUUUGUGGAACAAAAGUAUGAACUGGGGGCAGCCCUGUUCAUUGGUUGGGCGGGAUCGGCCCUGUGCAUUUUGGGAGGGCUUGUGUUCUUCUUGUCACUGUUUGAUGGCUUCAGCAAAAGCUCAAGUAACGCUGACAGGAGACGAUAUAUCUAUAGGGCAUCCACUUAUGUUUCUAGUCCUGAGAAGGCACAAAACCAUUCAACCAAUGGCAGAAGGCCCCCGACAGAAUACAGUAGCACCUCGAAAAAUUUUGAUAAAAAUGCCUAUGUAUGAUGUACACAAAAGAAAAAAACAGCCACAUUUCCAUUGUCACAACCAUUCUGGUGGAGAGUUGAUGUAUUAUAACAAGAAAACAGAUGGUUAAUGGACAUUAUCCUCAAAACCCAGUUUAGGUUUUUUCUAUUCAAUAGAAAACAUUCUCCAAUGUCACAUCAUCCUGGUAGGCAUCACAACUGAAUACAGCAAUGAAAUUUAUAACAUUACAUCGUAAACAUUAAGAAAUUACAACCACAUACUUGGUAAAUAAAUAAAUCAAUAAAUAAGCUUAGAUAUUUGACGUGUUUACAAGUUAAAAAAAUAUUAAAUGAUCAAAUAUUCUACUUUCUCCCCACUUUACAGUUAAGUUAUUAUAUGGAAUAUAUAAGACAGGUUUGCAAGAUAUUGAAAACAAAAUGUUUUGAAAAGUAAACUGUUUAGUAAUUUAUUGCUGGUAAUAUUUAUUCAUUUUUACAUUCAAUUUGCAGAAUGUACUCUAUUUAUUUAUGGAGUCGCAGGACUGAUUUAAACCCAGACAUGUUCGUUGUCCAUGAACCUACACAGUUAUCUGAAGAAACACUUUAGAUUAAAGAUUGAAAGAGUAUCUUGAAGUGAGCCCCUAAUUCCUCAGCUGAGCUUUUAUAGAAAACUGUGUACUUCCUGCAUUACUGUAAUUACAGAUUUUUUCAGUUUAUCUUGUCAAAUAUCAUGCCAGAAGUGGUUGUUGUGGCUGUUGUGUAAAAUUCUGGGAAAUUUUGGGAAGACUUUGAGUAGAAAGAGAUGUUGAUCUGACAAAGAGUGCAGUUGUGAUUUUGCAAUAUUUUUGGUAUACAUAUGUAAUAUGUAAGUUGUUCCCAGUGCCAAAAUAAUAAUAAUAAUAAUAAUAAUAAUAAUAAUAAUAAUAAUAAUAAUAAUAAAUCUGUUUAUACUUUCUUGCUUUUUUUCAUCUUCAAGUUGUACAGUUUUGUUGUUUCUGUUGUUAUUACAUUAUUAAUAUCAUUAUAUUUUAGAUUCAAAAUUGUAGUAAUACUUUACAUGAAAGGCUCCAUUUUAAUAAUAUAUUAUGCUCUUAACAAGUAAUCAAUUACCGUUAAUUAAUAUAUUUAUUCAACUAUUCAUCAAGCUUAAUUAUUACUUAGUAGUAGAUUAAGUAUUUCGUCAUGGGUUAUUGAGUAAUUGAAAUUUUAGUUUAGCGGUAAACUAUCAAAGUAUGACAAACCUUUUAAAUAUAUAUUGAAAUAGUCUUUCUGAACUAGAAUAAUACAUUUUUGGGUUACUUUUUCUAUAACAAUACUUUAUUAAAUAAUUUGGCAUACGUUAGUAUUUCAUUUAAAAGAAUAAAUUUAGUGAAGAUAUUUUAUUCACUAAUAACAUUCGUCAUUGACUUAACUACAUUUUUUUUUCGUCUGCUUUCCAGGCAAGUUUUCACAAACUCUACAUAUUCUAUGAUUUAAAGUCUGUGCCAUAUUAAUAAUUUACAAUUUAAAACACCCAUACGAUUAUCCAUAUUUGAUAUGUACUUCAUAGGCUUAGGAAAAUUAUUAUCCUUAUAAUGUGCAUGUUACUAUUAAUAUAGUAGUAGAGCAAGGAUGUCUUAUGGAAUGAAGAGUAUAAAUUUGUGAUAUUUCAUUCCUAAAUGUACCAGUUUGUCUAACAGCACAGCUGGCAAUGGCUUUGUUGUGACUUGGGAUGCAAUUUAACCAAUUUUGCAGGUAAAGCCAUGCUUUCGACAUAAUUGAAACGAUAUGAAAUCAUGUGCACAUGUAAAAGCCGUACAUCAUUGUGCUUGGAAGAAUUCAGUAAAGUACUACUACAGUUUUGCCUUUUAUUAUUAAUGAAUUAUUAACGAAUUAUAUUUUUUUGUAAUUAUACUGUAUAUGGUGUUAUUUGCAAUAAAAACAAAGCAUCCAACAAAGGAGUCAACAUUUUUUUAGCGCGAGUGCAACUUUAGAAAACAACACCACACUGUCAGAGUGUCCAUACCUGCAUAACAAAUCCAAAACUCUCUCAAGCUCCUCUGGCCCGUGAAUGAUUUGUGACCUGUUUACUACUUUACUACUAAAAA